AUGCGUCGGACGGCAUACCAAUUAGUCUCUUUAGGUGAUUAUAUUGCCAUUACAUCGAUAUAUAGAGAUCAGAACUCAUUGAAGGAAGAAAUUCUUCAAGCGAUUCCAGCAUUGCUUGCGCCUGUACCCGAGGUGCACCACCUGUGGCUUCGUAAAUUUAGCGUAUUCCCCUCUCACUCGCACCCGCCGCGGCCCACGUCGCAGCUGUCCCGCUCCCUCGUGUUUUCACAAAUAAGUUGCAUCCGAAAACAACAUAGAAAACCUCACCGUCUUCGCAGGAGAUUCCGGUGUUUAAGACAAUUCGCUAGGAAGCGAGUUUUGACAUUGCGCGCGACCUUGCCGCCGCGCUCGCUGAUUGGCCGCCGCGGGCAAGAUGGCGACGCGCGCGCAACGUGUCAUCCUUUCCCGCCAAUUAGGCGGCCGGUUUGGAUGCGUCUCAGCUGUCGCCUAAUAGCCCAAAAGCUGUUCAGCAAAAGCGCCCAGUCGGGGUAUUCCCGGCGCGUACUCCACGAUUCUCGGGCUGGCGCCGCGCCAGACGCUCAUUGGGUCACGGGAUCACCAUAUGGUCCACGCAGCGUGGCCGAGCCCCGGGAACAAGGUGGCCAGUCCCUCGCCAAUACACGCCAAACCCGU